CCCUUAGUCAUGUCAAAAACUUGAGCACAGUCACCAUAGUAGCACCAAACAUGACACCGGUUCCUCCCGAGGGAUUAGAGUGUUCAUUCACAGAUUUACAGGCAAGACUGAGCGGGAACAUUCAGUUGCGUAAAUCUGUGUUCAGGAAUGCUGGGCAUCCUUCCAGUUCCAAAGUGUUACGUAGCGUUUUGGAAGAGGUUUAUGCACAAAUGACUCCUGAAAUACCAGAACAUUUGUCAUCUAUGUCUGCGGGAGAGAGGAGAGGUAGAGGGAGGGAGGGUGGGAGAGAGGAGAAGCAGAGAGAGGAACAGACGGAAAUAUUAGCCAUGGGCCAGCAUUCAACACUGGGAAGCCUUCUGCUCCUCCUCGGGCUGUAUGGGAUCUGUACAGGACUUGAACAGGAGAACUGUACCGACUACAAAGUCCAGUUUGAGAGGGUUUUCUCUGUUCCCGGGGACAUGGCUAUGCUGAAAAGCACCCUGCUGUCUCCAGACAUCUUCAACUUCACAGCUGUCCCUUACAACGUCACCUGGUACGACUCGACGGGCCGAGAAAUGAGCAACCAGAGCGGUCGAGUCCUGGUGCGCGGCGAGACUCUGUGGUUUCUUAACAUAACGCUGGACGACACGGGAGAUUAUGUGACCGUAGUGAGAACUCCGUCUUGGUGCUACAUUCAGACCACUAAGCUGAUAGUGGAGUUGGCAGUUUCUGGAGAGUAUGGAAGACCAAGGAAAGCUCAUCAACAACUUACAAAGGGAGUCAAUGGCUUCCUGUCCUGCCCUCUGAUGAGCUACAUCCGUAAACUGGACAGCUACAGCAUCUCUUCCUCCAUCACGUGGUACAGAGGUUCUGACCCCAUCGUGGAUGGGAAAGACAAGUAUACCUACAUAGCUCCAAACAAACUGAAGAUUGACGAGGUGGAACUUAAAAGCGCCAAUUACACAUGUACUCUGACCUUCACUCUCGGUGGUGUUGUGGGAUCCGUGUCAGAGACCAUCGACGUUUAUGUCUCAGAGAAGUACUAUAUGCUUCCACAAGUGCACGAACCAGCCAAUGAAACAAUCAAGGCACAGAUUGGGUCCAGUUUCACCAAACGGUGCCAGGUGUUUGUGCCGUGUGUCGGGAGUCCCUCGACUACUUUCGCUUGGUGGGACGGAGAAAAUUUCAUUUUGACGACCAACCCCUCUGACCGCAUCUACACGACAGAGAUAAAUGGAAGCAGAGUGGAUGGUCCUCCUCAAGGUGUCUGGUUGGAGCAGAUGCUGAUCUUCUCUGAGCUGAGGGAGGAGAAUUUCCACAUCAACUACACCUGUAUAGCGAUGAAUGGCAGGGGACAUCCUCAGGGCUAUUUCACUCUGUUACCAGCAGACUCCACAUUCACAUGGCUGGUGGUAGCUGCGGUGGCCGUGUCCUGCUUCCUGACUGUGGUUUCCAUCUUCCUCUACGUCCUCUUCAAAUCUACGACAACUGAAUGAAAACAGGACUAAUGUAGCCCAGUUAAACACCACCGCAAACUACAACCUCAAUAAUAAACAUAUAGCUAUUUGUAAUGAAUAUCUCUCUGACAGUGUCACUUAGAUUUUGCAGGUGUACCCAAUAAAGUGGCCAAUGAGUGUAUGUCAUAAGCUGUAUAUAUACUGUAUAUGUGUGUGCUUUUUUCUAAAUGUAAUAAAUGUUCUCAGGGAAGCAUCUUGUACAGUAGAAACGUGUUCAGUCCAUUUGCACAUUUACAUGGUAAAUCUGACUAUAAUAAAAGAAAGUGGAGUGAGAAAAUA